GAAACCACUUCCAGACAAUGCCAAAUACAUUCCCGACAACUGCGUCAUCUGCAGCCGAGAGUGCGGAGGCGUCGUCAAGUUAGGAGACGGAGACUACGACGGGGAUUUUAUCCAGAUAUCAGCUUGGGUCGAAUUACUGGAGUUCAUGGAAAAUACUCCCUCAGAGACGGACUUGCCAGCCCUCCGGCAAGCCCGCGAGAAGAUCCUCACAUCCCUGCCGAAAAGGACGCCGUCUCCCCUCACUUCCAUAGGUCUAGCAUGCGCAAUGGCAGAACGCGCGCAAGACGCAGCAUACAAGUCCUUGGACCCUGCCGGGGACGGCUCACUCCUUUUAGCAGCAAAGCUCGCUCAAGUGGCCCACAUGGCGUACGAUGUACCGAAGAAAUACGACGCAGCACAAGUGCUAGAAUUGGGCAGACAACUUCUUUCCGAUGCCGGCAUUGGCUGCCAAGCCCCUCGCUGCACCUCCGGUAUUGUGGAAAUGCUACAGCUGGAGCGCGUAAACCCAAUCCCUUUGCUGCCAUCCCCUGCAGACUUUCCUGGCAGACAAGCUAUAGCUGGCAUGGUUUGGUACCCCUACCAGGAAGUGAAACUGUCAGCAAGAGCGGGAGCUGUACUUAGGCGAUGCCUACUCCAACAGAAGCCGGUCGACGACUUGGAUAUUGUCGCAAAGCGUGUCCUCCUCGAAGCAAUAGGAGGGAUCAUCGCACAUCGGCUGGCACACACAGCCGGCCCCAUGUUGGAGCACGUGAAAGCAGGAAACGCGGAGCCCUUGAUUGCUGCCGCAUCAUGCGAACGACGGCUGAAAGCAAUCACCACCUGGUCGUACCUCCUGGACUGCCAGCUGAGGUACUGA